GGGGUUUGGCUUCCCCGCGGCCUCCCCCGCCUCCUGCCCUCCCCUCGGCGGCGCCAUUUUGCAGGCGGCAGCGGCAGCGGCAGCGGCAGUGGCGGCAGUAGCAGCGGCAGCAGCGACUGGAGGCGGCGGCGGGGGAGCGGGAGCGGGAGCAGGUUGAGGAGGAGACGCGGCUUCGGCUCCAGCUCCGGCUCCGGGCUAGGUAGCGGCGCGGCCGCCGGCAACCCGGCCCAGACACCGUGAGAAGUAGAAAACUGACAGAAUAAAGAGCUGUGCAUCAUGAUGUAGUGGAAGGUCCAAAGAAGUAGUGCUAAUGGAACGGGAUGCUUCUCUGAGGACUUAGAGCUUCAGACUUUGGAAGAGCUGCUCUUUGAAUCUAUCACAUUCCUCAUAGUUUUUCUACGGCCCUGUCCCCUGGAACCAAGCUGCUCAACAAACAUUUGUUUUCUCUUAAUAAUGGGUAUUGGCAAAAACACCACAUCAAAGUCGGUAGAAACUGGAAGCUCUACUGAGGGCAAAUAUGAAGAUGAAUCUAAGCAUCCUGCUUUCUUUACUCUUCCGGUGGUGAUAAAUGGAGGUGCCACAUCAAGUGGUGAACAGGACAAUGAGGACACUGAACUAAUGGCAAUCUAUACCACAGAAAAUGGCAUAGCUGAAAAGAGUUCUCUUGCAGAGACAUUGGACAGCACUGGAAGUUUAGAUCCCCAGAGAACAGAUAUGAUUUAUACAAUAGAAGAUGUACCUCCUUGGUAUCUCUGUAUAUUUUUAGGGCUACAGCACUAUCUGACCUGUUUCAGUGGUACCAUAGCUGUGCCCUUCUUGCUAGCUGAUGCUAUGUGUGUUGGAUAUGACCAGUGGGCUACAAGUCAGCUUAUUGGGACCAUAUUCUUUUGUGUGGGAAUCACAACUUUAUUACAGACAACUUUUGGAUGCAGGUUACCUCUAUUUCAGGCCAGUGCUUUUGCGUUUUUGGCCCCUGCUCGAGCUAUCUUGUCUCUGGAUAAAUGGAAAUGUAAUACUACAGAUCUUUCAGUUACCAAUGGAACAAUAGAAUUAUUGCAUACUGAGCACAUCUGGUAUCCAAGAAUACGAGAGAUCCAAGGUGCCAUUAUCAUGUCUUCAUUGAUAGAAGUCGUAAUUGGCUUGCUUGGCCUGCCAGGUGCUCUGCUAAAAUAUAUUGGACCUUUGACUAUUACACCAACAGUGGCUCUAAUUGGUCUCUCCGGUUUCCAAGCAGCAGGAGAAAGAGCAGGGAAACACUGGGGCAUAGCUAUGCUAACUAUUUUUCUAGUAUUGUUAUUUUCUCAAUAUGCCAGAAAUGUUAAAUUUCCUCUCCCAAUUUACAAAUCCAAAAAAGGAUGGACUGCCUACAAAUUGCAGCUUUUCAAAAUGUUCCCUAUAAUCCUGGCUAUCUUGGUAUCCUGGUUACUGUGCUUCAUAUUCACUGUGACAGAUGUCUUUCCACCUGACAGCACAAAGUAUGGGUUCUAUGCUCGUACAGAUGCUAGACAAGGCGUGCUUCUUGUGGCACCGUGGUUUAAAGUUCCUUAUCCAUUUCAGUGGGGACUUCCAACUGUUUCAGCUGCUGGAGUUAUAGGAAUGCUCAGUGCAGUGGUUGCCAGUAUUAUUGAAUCCAUCGGUGAUUAUUAUGCCUGUGCAAGAUUAUCUUGUGCUCCGCCACCUCCCAUUCAUGCAAUAAAUAGGGGGAUUUUCAUUGAGGGGCUAUCCUGUGUUCUAGAUGGUGUGUUUGGAACUGGGAAUGGCUCCACUUCAUCAAGUCCCAAUAUCGGAGUUUUAGGAAUAACUAAGGUUGGAAGUCGUCGAGUCAUUCAGUAUGGUGCAGCUUUAAUGCUCAUGCUUGGAAUGAUAGGGAAAUUCAGUGCAUUGUUUGCAUCCCUUCCAGACCCUGUGCUUGGCGCUCUCUUUUGCACACUCUUUGGAAUGAUCACCGCUGUUGGAUUAUCAAAUCUUCAGUUCAUAGAUUUAAAUUCUUCACGUAACCUCUUUGUCCUCGGAUUUUCCAUUUUCUUUGGACUUGUUCUUCCAAGUUACCUCAAGCAGAACCCACUAGUCACAGGGAUCACAGGAAUUGAUCAAGUAUUAAAUGUCCUUCUCACCACAGCAAUGUUUGUAGGUGGAUGUGUUGCUUUUGUUUUGGAUAACACCAUCCCAGGUACUCCAGAAGAAAGAGGAAUACGGAAAUGGAAGAAAGGAGUUGGAAAGGGGAGUAAAUCACUUGAUGGCAUGGAAUCCUACGAUUUGCCAUUUGGCAUGAACAUUAUCAAAAAAUUCCGAUGCUUUAGCUAUUUACCCAUCAGCCCAACCUUUAUGGGUUACACAUGGAAAGGUUUCAGGAAAAGCAGUAACUGCAGAAAUUCAGAUGAAGAUUCAGAGGCUACUGUAUAGCCUUAGUUGAAAUUCUAUUAUCUAGUUGUAGUAAAAGAUGUAUUUGAAGUUCUUUACUGAUUAAUAAGCAUUAAAAUAUAUGUUUUGUAUAUCUGCAUUUAAAUUUUGAAACCCAGAGCCGAGACUGAUUAUACAUAGCUUUUCUGUUGUGGGUGGUGAUAUUGUCUAAUAUAGUGUCUCGACCAUCUUAUUAUUUAAAUCCUUGAUCCUGGCUCUUUUCAGGGCAUCCAUUGCUGGCAAUGAUAGCUGCGCCUGAAAAUUCCCGAUCCUCCUGUGGAAGAGAGAUGUUUGGAAUUCGUUGUGGGUUUUUUGUUCUUUUGGGGUUUUAUAUUUUUGUUUUAUUCAUUCCUCUUUCUUGGUAAAUGCCUAGUACUGUUUUGGAUAUUGUGCUGUCUUUCAUCCCAGCAUUCUGAAUGUUUGACUGCAUGCCAAGUCAUCCAAGAUGCUUGUCAACAGUUUCUCUUCUUCACCUAUACUUUCUGUACCCACUGCACAGGUGAAUUCACACGACCUCUUCCUGGGUCCUUCAAGCAAUCGUACUUACUUCCUUGGAUAGCUUUUUUUUUCUUUACAAUUCUUCAUCUCAUCUGUGCCUAAAAAAGUUUUAGGGGAAGCAAAAAUUCUUUUUCUCCUGCAUCAUUAUGACUUAAUUGUCAAUACAGUCAUAUUUUCCUUUUGCAUUAGCAUUUUAGUAAGCUUUCUUGAACUAGAAUUAUAGGAUUGCCCUAUGGCCCAUAUAGACGCACACAUUUGUGAGAAUCACAGAUACUGUUUUGAAUGAAUCUGAGGGGAGGGUCAUGUGUAAUUUGAGUCAAUAUCUAUUAACUGUUAACCCGCUGUCAUUCAUAUCAAAUUAUUAACACUAAAGAACCUGCCCAGGAGUCUAGUUGGCAAUCAUUUACUACUGUAUGUUUUUACUUCCCAUUCCAGGCUUAGAGCAGUAGAUUUUUUGGAUCAGCAAAAUCUUUCCUAAUAGCAGAGGCACUAUGUAUAUAUAGGUAGCAUCCUCAUCCCCAGGAUUAUUGAAUGGGCACAGGGUAUCACCUGAGAUUACCAACCUUUGGUAUCUGAAAGUUUGGGCUCUCCUGUAGUGUGGAUGUUCUUAGUUACCAGGCAUUCAUCAUUGUGAAGCUCUCUUUAUGUUUAAUGUUCUGACUAUUGCAAAUUAGUUUUACAUCAGUGUUUUUCAUUGUGAUCCGUCCAGCUCAUCUCCAUCAUCCUCCCUUCACCCACCCACCCGCUUCAUCCCCCAAAGAAAAACAGGAAAAAGAACUCAAGUUUGCAAUGCCAUGGAAAUCACUAGGGAAGCUCAGUAUAAUGUGCUCUUGAGGCCAGUAUGAUAUUUCUGUGGUUGCAUUUUGUAUUUCUUGAUCAAAUGAAGGUAGAUGCCGUAACUCACUUUUUAAAUUUAUCUGAACUGACUACUGGGCCAGAGCAUGGGAAGGCUAUGGUUUUCUCCCAGUCUAGUUACUGGAUCACUCAGCAUUGAAUGACCCCACAUCUGAGUAUAAAUGCCUUUGCUUCUGGCUUAUGGAAUAUCUUCAUAAAUGCUGUAUUGCACAGCUGUGCAAGGAAGACGUUUCCAAGCCGUUUUAGCUCAUGGAAACAUUCAGGAGCUUGCCACUUGCGUAUCCACUGGAUGUCAUUGAGGUAGGCCCUGCUCCUCCUUGGCAAUAGAUAAAGGUUAGGCUAACCAUUUGAACAAAGCCUUUUUUUCUUUUUGUUACUGAUCCACAUCAAGUGAAAGACAUGUGUUUGAAUGUUGCCUUACUGCCUGCUCCCUGCUGGGCACUCUAAUUGAGAACACUAAACUAUUAGUAAAAAUAGCCUGUUUAUUUGGUUUGGAGUAUUCAGCUCAGGGAAAGGUAAAGAAAGAGAAGAAUCAGAAACUUAGUAACAUGAUUACAUUUACUUACACCAAAUACCGAAAGUGGUCAGUCAGCUGCUGUUUGAGCAGCUAAAAGGACCCAAAAUGGAUAAUUUCAAGUAGUGUGCAACUCUUUUUGCAAUAAUUUGUUAUGUCCAGUCUUGACACUCAAGUCAGAGUCAAGAUUAGUUUGUUAUAAAAGGAGAGAAAACACCUUUUGAGGUUGUUGGCUAAAUAAUCUAUUUGUUUUUAACCCUUCGACUCCAGGAAACUUCAGUGAGCAUUGCAUUAGGACACCCUGGCUUAAGAGGCUGUGAUUUGUGCCAAGAUCUUAUUACAGAUUAAAUGAAGCACAUGUAUUCAGACUCUCUUGUGAUUUUAUAUGUUAUAGGUUCUGGCUGUUUGGGUGUAUAUUAGAUACAGUAUUGUUUAAAAGAAAAUUACCCAGUGGUUCAAUUAGUCUCAUCCUUUUUGUUGUAUGAGACUGAGUCAAACAAUAUCAUUCUCUGUUAAGCUGUGCUUAGUUUAACCCUGUCUGAUUCCUUUGCCCUGACAAAUGGAGAAAACUAAGCUAAAUCGAUGGUGUUUGGUAAAUGUGCCUUGACACUAUCUCUAGCUGUCCAGCACAGUAUUGCUGCCAAAUAUCUCAGCAGAACAAUUGAAGCUUAGCACUGUAAUUCAGUAACACAUCCUGCUUAACAUGAAUGACUUGCCUUUUUGAUAUGUGUGAAAGGUUUUUGUGUUGAUUCAGAUGCCAAACUGCUUCUGAAACCUCAUUUGCAAAAGAUUUGGGGGGGUGUUGUUUUCAACUCUUCCAGCACAGGAGAAUCUUAACUUUGUAGCAUCCGCCUGUGAUGUCCUUUUACUUUAAACGAAUAGAGAAGAGACAUAAAGUAACUAGGCUUCCUCUGGAGAAAAUUUCCCAUCUUGUUGACAUGUCUGGUGGGAUGAAUUUUAAGAGUUGCCAGAUUAAGAACCCUUUUUGAACAAUUUUGUGAAUCAGGGACUGAAAUGUGCUAAAGAGGACAAUAUACCAGGUCCCCAAUAGGUCCAUUUGUAAAGAGUUGAAAAUAUAACCAGAAUGUGGUAGGAGUCCAGUGUCUGAAUUGGACAAUAAUACAUUUCUUGCAUAUUCACAGCACAUAAAGUUAAUCACAUAGUACAGUAUAGUCUCAACUGCUGGCCAAUAAACUGUGGAAUAAAAGAUGUUAAUUUGGUGCAGGGGAAUAAUUUGAUAUGUUUCUAUUUCCUGUUUACAGAAAUAGCUAGGUGUGAAGCUGAGGGUAAUAUAAGGGUGAAUUAAUUGUGUCUCACACUAUGUGUAGUGUAUGGAUGUGCAUGCGUGUGUGGGUGUGUGUGUGUGUGUAAUAGAGCGAUUUACUGAAUUGCUUGUCCACUAAAUCAUGUAUGUAGUAGAAAGUAUGUAAAAGGUCUGACAUGUUCAGAAUGAAAAAUGUGUCCUAACUCCUGAUUCAUGGCAGAAAUAUUCACUUUCUUUACCAUAGUCAUAGAAUUGGAAACUCACCCUGGAUUUCUCUAACUUACCAGCAGUAUAACUGAGAAUCAUAUUCAGAAUUAAUCAAUACACUAAAAUUAAGGUUUUUAUUUCAAGGAACCCACAGAUUUCAGUUUUGUAGCAAAUUACCUGUGAUUGACUAUAUUAAAUGCACCAGGUCAUGUUGAGUGACUAGUGAACAGAGAGAAACAGUCAUGAUCUCUGACUUUUCCUGUCUCCGUGCGUGACCAGAUACACAGAAUUUGCUUUGUACCUUUAAAUACUGACUUUAAAUACAACAGCUUGGUUUGUACAUGAAUAUGGCAGUAUUUCCAUAUAUUAAAAUAACAUUUCCACCCAGGAUAAUGGUCACAGGUUUCCAGGGAGGGAGUGAUAUGAUUUUCAUGACAAUGUCAUGUGAUAAUAGAAUUUCUCCAUUGAUGAACCUCUAGUAGUUGUGUAUACUUUAUUUACCCACGCUUCUGUUUUAUAACAAAGAGCUGAAGUUAUUUCUUUUAUUCAUGUCCCUGCUGUAAUAUCGGUCCUAGGAAAUUAGAGUGAACAUUUGCAGAUGUAAUCCUCUGUGCUUUUAUGUGCCACAAGAGUGGUUAAACCAGAUGCAUCAGUCAAAGAACAACCAGCUGUGGCAAUAUCUUUAUACCUAGAGUUUCAGGGUUUAGGGGAGAGAGAACACUCAGCAGGUUAAAUUGAGUUGUGGUGUAAAGGGGACUGCAGAUUAACAAUGACUGACAUAGCUAGCUUCAAAAUAGCUUAACCAUUAGAUGUUGGACGGACAGUUCACAUCCCUUUGUGCUACGAUGCACAUAAUUCAUAUAUUAAUGUACAGCGUAUAAUGCCCUAACACAAAUGCAAUGCUCCAAUGGAGUGGCCUUCUUCAGUUCCAUAGAUGAGAAACAAGGCAACUCUCUCCCUUAGUCAGAGACGUAAUUGAAAUAGUGACCAAUGGUUUGAUUCCCACAUGCUGCAUAUAUCAUAGUAUUUCCUGUUGUGGCUUUUAAGAGAAUCAGACAUCUCCUACAUCACCAUACAGUCUGCCAGUCAUUAGCAGUAUUGCGAGAAGGCCGUACACUUGUUUGCUUCUGCCGAAGGAUCCAUCCAUCUAGCUUUGUGCUGGGCUGCUUUUUGUAUUGAGGAGUCCAUUUUUAGCAGCAUCCAAAAACAUUCCUGUCUUGUUAGGUUGGUUGUGACUGUGCUUUGUCAUCGGUAUAUAUUAUCACUAUCAAACGUGCUUAGAUUGCUGUUUGUAUUUUUCAGGCACUUAGGACAUCUCAACCAGUGUUGCCAUCUUGCUGAUAAUUCAAAUUAUUGUAUUUUUUGUUGGUUCAGAACAACCUUUGACAUAUUAACAGACUGGAUGUUCUUAAAACAGUGGGGAUGCCUAUAUUUUCCAUGAGUUUUGUGGCUGAAUUUGGCUGUAAACCUUUCUGGGUUUUUUUGGUGUUUUAUGGGGCGGGGGGAGGAAUUGUUUUUAUUUUUCUCUUGUUUGUCUUUAUUAUUUUGCAUACCAAGGGUUUGGUUUUUUUUUGGGGGGGGAGGGUUUGAGAUGUGUAAUUCUUUUAUGGAGUUUUUAAAAGAUUUCAUAUUGUUUUUCUAACAUGGCUUCAUUAAACGUUUAAAUAUUUAAAAAUAUGUAAUAUUUGGACCAGAUGUUGUGAAUAAAUAGUAGAGAUAAAGCUAUUUUAUUCUGUAUUUUUAAAGCUGUUCAGUAUAAAUAAAAGCUGACUUAGAUGCAA